AUGAAAUUUACAUUCAUUCUAUUCAUACUCGGAGUUCAUAAUUCAUCCGGUGAACUGGAAUGUGGUAAUUUUGUUCCAGUAUCAGUUACCGGAAAUAAACAAAAUUUAACUUCAGUUUAUUACCCUUUUGACUACCCCAGGCCUUUAUCCUGUUCGUGGAUAUUGACAUCUCGAAAUCCCAACUCCCGUCUGAAUUUUCAAAUUAUCAGUUUUAACUUGACUAGAUCACCAUUUUGUAGUGCUGAUUACUUUAAAAUCAAAGACGGUCCUUCAAUAAUAUCACCUACGAUAUUCAAUUGGUGCGGACAAAAGCCACCAGGUACCAGAUUCCGGACCAUUGGAAACAAGGCUUUGAUAUUUUUCUCAACAUUGGAUACUGGUAAACCAGCAAGUGGAUUUUAUAUGCAGUUUUGGGCAGAAAACAAGGAGGUAAUAAUAGAAAGAGAUCCAGUGUUUACCACAGUGCAUUAUAUUCUAGCUGGUGUGUUCGCCGUAUUUGUGGGAUUUUUUGUGGUAUCAUUGGCUUAUCUAACUUUGUUAUCAAGACUAAAUCUUCACAAGAAAAAUAAAGUCUCACAUUCGCCUUCUUGAUAAUAAAGUGAUGCUUUCAAAUUUU